UAGCAACCGCCUUAGUUACGAUUACUGUCUUUUAAAUAGAAAUGCGAGUAUAGAAAUGUGUACAAUUUUAUUUCUAAAACAUGAAUUUGAUAUUUAGAAUUUAAUUAUUUUUAUUUAUUUAUUUUUUAUUUUUAACAAAUUAGUAUAAUUCAUGUGGCUUUUGUUUGUACUUUAAGAGCAAAAAUUUCAACAAUGACGGAUGGACUGACUUUAACAAAUAAAUUGUCUCAUCACGUACGUGACAAGGAGGAGAAACGUGCACAAGAGCGACGAAGGAAUUUACUUUAUCUCGUGAUUGACUUUCUGCGAGAACAAAGGUAUUCAAACUCUGUACAAACUUUAAUAAAUGAAGCUCGAUUGGCAUGUGAUGUUCAAGUUUGUGACAAUAUAGAUCUUGAAACAAUUUUAUUGGAAUAUUAUGAUUAUUAUUUUGCCAAAUUUAAUAAAUAUCCAAAAGUUUGUAAAAAAAAUGAAACACCAGUAAAUCUUGCAUCAAUAUUAAAUACCGGCAAAAAGGAUAAAACAAAUAAAAAUAUUAAAAAAGUCGAUGACGAAAAUGAUGUGACAAAAGUAAAAAUAUCCAAGGAAACAAAUUAUUCAAAUCAUGAAACUAAUUUGGAAAUAACAGUGACGCCAAUUAGUGCAAUUUCUCAGGAUGUAAAUCAACAGGGACAACAAAAUAAAAACUUUAAUCGAGAAGAAGUUAAGGAGAAGAUUCUUAAGCCGAUUAAAGAUUUAUAUCCAAUUGGAUCCGAUUGGAACGAGAUUGCAGAAAUUAUUUCUAAAGAAAUUGUCUUAACAAAUUUAAAUGUUCACUGGAAUGACGUUAAAGGUUUAGAUGAAUGUAAAACACAAUUGAAAGAAGCUACUAUUUAUCCCUUAAAGUAUCCUACACUAUUUUGUGGAAAUGUUACUCCAUGGAAGGGAAUUUUACUUUACGGACCACCAGGAACAGGAAAAACUAUGCUUGCAAAGGCUGUCGCUACAGAAUGCGAAGCGACCUUCUUUAAUGUGACAUCAAGUUCAAUAGUUAGCAAGUGGAGAGGAGAAACAGAAAAAUAUAUACGCGUACUUUUGGAUCUCGCGAAACACUAUGCACCGUCAAUUAUUUUCAUCGAUGAAAUUGAUUGGACGGCAAUUUGCAAUGAUGAUUCCUCAGCAUCAAAAUCCGAGCCAAGUCGAAGAUUUCGAGCAGAAUUACUUGCCAGACUUGAUGGUUUAUUAACUAUGGAAAAUGCAAAUAUAUUAUUAUUGGCAGCAACAAAUAUACCAUGGGUUUUGGAUGCUGCUCUAUUGCGAAGAUUAGAAAAACACAUUCACGUUGGUCUUCCCAAUGAAGAAACACGAAAGGAAAUUUUAAAAACUUACGUCUCCAAAGAUAUACAAAAAUUAGGGGAAUUUUCAAAUUUAAUAAAUCAAACGGAAGGUUAUUCAUGCGCUGAUAUUAAAUUAUUAUGUAAAGAAGCUUUUAUGAAACAAUUACGACCAAUUUGGAAAUAUUUAGAAAGUAAUAAUAUCAUUAAAAAUAAAAUAGUGUGCGACAAUUUUAUAAAUAAUAUAAAUUAUCUCAAAGAAUCGAUGAGAAUUAUAAAACCAAUUUCAAUAAAAAAUGAAGAUAAAUAUAAAAAAUGGAAUAGAAGAUGUAAUCACAAUGAAGAAACAGAUGAAAGUGAUUUUGAAUAAAAUAUUAUUUAAAUAUUAA